CAGUCGCUGCAGCUCUCCUGGGUUCCUCUUGCCUGCACAGCAAGUGAAACAUAAACAGGAAAAGCAAAGUAGAGGGAGGCGGUGCUUUUAAAGCGACACAAGCCCUUGGAGAGCUGCAUGCUGUUAUAGACCGCUAAUUCGCGGGCGUGUCACGUGACCGGGACCUGCUAGGGGGGCUGUUUGAGGAGCCUUGUAGACAGUUUCCACGCAGCUUGACACUUGUCGGGUGGUUUUUCUCUGCAGCUGCCAGCACCACCCUGCGCAGCUCUUCACCUUUAGCUUUCCCGCUCUCAAUCUGUCCCUCGCUUCACCGGUUGCUCACCUGGCACAAUGCUGGACUCCCUAACUCAGUCGGUCAUGCUGUUGCUGGCCGCUGCCUUCAUAGUGGCCUUCGUGCUACUCCUGUACAUGGUUUCUCCGCUCAUCAGCCCCAAACCUCUGAAACUAGCAGGGGCACAUGUGGUGGUGACGGGUGGAUCAAGUGGCAUUGGCAAAUGUAUCGCUAUUGAAUGCUUCAAACAAGGUGCUUUUAUAACGCUGGUUGCUCGGGAUGAGAGCAAGUUGGUGCAGGCCAAGAAAGAAAUUGAAAAACAUGCAAUAAAUGAUAAACAGGUUGUGCUGUGUAUAUCAGUUGAUGUUUCUAAAGACUACAGACAAGUAGAAAAUGUCAUAAAGCAGGCUCAGGAAAAGCUUGGUCCUGUUGAUAUGUUGGUGAACUGCGCAGGAACAGCAAUAGCUGGAAACUUUGAGGAAAUAGAAAUUGAUCGUUUCGCAAGACUGAUGGAGGUUAAUUACUUAGGCAGCGUAUAUCCCAGCAGAGCAGUCAUUUCAACUAUGAAGGAACGAAGAAUGGGGCGUAUAGUAUUUAUCUCCUCGCAAGCUGGACAACUUGGAUUAUUUGGCUAUACAGCUUACUCUCCAACCAAGUUUGCGCUCCGUGGACUGGCAGAAGCUUUGCAAAUGGAGGUGAAGCCUUAUAACAUUUACGUGACGGUUGCUUAUCCUCCUGACACGGACACACCAGGAUUUGCUGAAGAAAACAAAUCAAAGCCUUUGGAGACCAAACUGAUUUCAGAAUCAUCAAGCCUUUGCCAAGCAGAUCAAGUGGCCACAGCGAUAGUUAAAGAUGCCAUACAAGGUAACUUCAACAGCUCAAUUGGCUCUGAUGGCUAUAUGCUGUCAUCUCUGACAUGCGGUAUGUCUCCGGUCACCACCAUCACAGAGGGGCUUCAACAGGUUGUCACCAUGGGCCUUUUCCGCACAAUUGCUUUGUUCUACCUGGGAAGUUUUGAUAGUAUUGUUCGUCGAUGCAUGAUGCAGAAACAAAACUGCCUAAAAGUGGAAAAAACAGACUGAUAGCCUUGGGUGCUGAGAACUAUUUAAACUGCUUGCAGCUUUGAAAACAAAUAACCUAAAUAUAUAAUUUUCCCAUCACCCAGUUACUCUACACUUUCAGCAUCUGUGAAAAAAAAUAUGAAGUGAGUGUUUCUAUGCAAACUGUACUGAUAGCACUUUAAAGUAUGAUUUUGUGUUGGUAAGACAGUAAGUAUGGGAUAAAAAGAUGGAUUUGUAUACAUUUUUUUUUUGUAAAUUGUCAUUAAAAUGCCAAUAUAACAUUUAAAA